AUGAUUGAUCAAGCGCUCGAUGAUAACAUUUCUGAAAACGAUGAGGAAGAAAACUUUUUUCAAGAUGUAGAUAUUUUACAAAAACACGGCAUAAAUGUAGCUGAUAUAAAAAAAUUAAAAAGUGCUGGUAUUUGUACUAUCAAAGGAAUUCAAAUGUCAACAAAAAAGAGAUUAUGCAAUAUAAAAGGAUUUUCGGAGACAAAAGUUGAAAAAAUUAAAGAAGCAUGUCAAAAGGUUGUUGCACUUGGAUUUAUGACUGCUUUGGAAGUUAGUGAUCGUCGGAAACAUGUAUUUAAAAUAAGUACAGGGAGUAGCGAUUUAGAUAAGCUUCUUGCUGGUGGUAUAGAGUCAAUGGCUAUAACUGAAGUCUUCGGCGAGUUUCGUACCGGCAAAACGCAACUUUCGCAUACUCUAUGCGUUACUACACAAAUUCCGAAUUCGAGCGGCUAUCAUGGCGGGAAAGUUAUGUUUCUCGAUACGGAACACACGUUUCGUCCAGACAGAUUAAGACCUAUCGCUGACAGAUUUAAUUUGGAUCAAAAUGGCGUGUUGGACAAUGUGCUUUAUGCUAGAGCAUACACGUCUGAACAUCAGGCCGAAUUGCUUGACUACGUGGCGGCGAAAUUCCAUGAGGAGGCAGGCGUAUUCAAGCUUUUAAUUAUCGACUCCAUCAUGGCAUUGUUUCGGGUCGACUUCUCAGGACGCGGCGAGCUCGCAGACAGACAACAGAAAUUAGCACAAGUGCUAUCGCGACUGCAAAAGAUAUCAGAAGAGUACAACGUAGCUGUGUUUAUAACAAAUCAAAUGACUGCUGAUCCCGGCGCCACGCUUACAUUUCAAGCUGACCCAAAAAAGCCGAUUGGGGGUAAUAUUCUAGCGCACGCCUCGACCACCAGAAUUGCACUUAGAAAGGGAAGGGGCGAGAAUAGAAUAGCCAAAAUUUACGAUUCACCUGAUCUCCCUGAAAGCGAAGCUACGUUUGCUAUAACUAACGGAGGUGUUUCCGACGCUAAGGAUUAA